UACUACCCUGUAAUAUACGCCAUGACAGACAACAUGCUACCCUACCAUAGCAUUACAGGGAGCUGCCACAAGAGAGGGAAGUAAGGGACUGUCUCACAAAACAGGUGGAGAGACGAGGACCGCAAGAAGAGGCUCAAAGCAGUGAUGGUUUGUGUGGAUGAGAUGGACACCGCCUACCUGGACAACCUGGACGAGUACGUUAACGACGAGGGCAGGAUUGUCACCUACAAAUGGCUGUCACUCACUCUUGGCGUUCACUCCAACGUGGCAAAACAGAUGCUACACCAUUUUGUGACACAGCAGCGAGGUGAUGGUGAUGGUGGUGGUGGCCUGACCCUGACCUACCUGCUGACUGGUGUGGUGGAGGAAAGUGAUGGUGGCUUGAGGAAGGUGGUGAAGGUAGUGCGUGAGGCAGAGGUGGAGGCAGCACGAGCAGCCAUAAACACUGUGAGCAGCUUGCAUGUUUACAGCGUGCAGAAGAGUGCUCUGCCUGACAUAGGGCUACUGUAUGGGGCUGACUAUGAUGUGAGCAAACAGCAUCUUACCUCCACAUCCAGAUACAGUGGCAUCAGGUGUUCUGAGGCACAGGUCAGCCCCAGCACAAGCAGACUGCAGCAUUUGGUAAAGGAAGAGGUGCCAACACCACUACAUAAGAGUGUGUCAAAAACUAAUGAGAAGAAAGAAGACAAAAAACAUGAUGCUAAACUGGACAGUAUCACCACCACCACUACUUCUACCACUACUGUUACCUCUACCACUACUGGCACCAUAAGUGCUGCUGCUAAGCCCACCAGUCAGAUAGCAAGCAUGUUUGCCAGGCAGACCAAGAAGCUGGAAAGUUGUCCAAGUACUGCUGUUAAAGAGGAAAAGGCACCAACAAAGGCCAAGAGUGUAGGAAUCUCAGCAUUCUUCACCAAGGGUCCAGCUCAGAGAAAGCCAGAUACCUCAAAGUUGGGCAGCCCUACCAGUGGUUCUAAAUCUGACAACACCCCUUGCCCUAAUGAGUCCAAAGAGUCUCUGUCUACUGAAAAUGCCCAGCCAAAUCUCAAAGGCAAGGAGGACUCUUUGGUCUUUGGAGUAGAGCAGGAGGAGGAUAAAGAGGAGGUGAAGGGUGGAGGUGCUGGUGUUGGAAACACUAAAACUGCAAAGAGCAAGACCUCCUCUUCCUCCUCUGCAUCCAAGAAGAGGAAGAGCAAGGGGAAGAAUGAUGAACCAAAGACAAAGAGGACAAGAAUUAUACAGCUGAGUGAUUCUGAAAGCGAUGAAGAAGAAGAGAGGGAUGAAGAAGAUGAGAGAUUGCUACUGCUUCCUUCUCCUCCUCCUGUGAGGGUCAAUUCAGACUCAGAGGAAGAGAGGGAGAAGAACCUCCAACCAUCCAAGUGCCCAGAAGAGGAGGUCAAACUGGGGAUGAGGAAGAAGAUAGUAGAUGAAACUUUUACAAAUGAGGCGGGAUACCUUGUGACCAAAAAGGUGGUGAAAUUUGUCCCACUAACAGAUGAGGAAAUUAAGCAGGAAGAAGAGGAGAGGAAGAAAAAAGAACAAGAGAGGAGAAUGAAGGAAGAAGAGGAGAAAAAGAAGAGUUCCCCAACUGUGAAAUCUGAAACCUCUCCUUCUUCUGGACAGAGGAAGAAGGGAGGAAAGGAGGACAACAAGAAACAAGCAAAAAUCAUGAGUUUCUUUACUAAAAAAUAAACAAUUUAGAUAAGAUCUGACAAAUUGAGGGAAGAGGUGAAGA